UAAAUUAGGGAAGACAGAACAUAUGUUAAUUAAUGGCAGAGAAUCAAAUUCUCUCAAUCCAAAAGUGAGCUAAAUGUCCAUUAAUUUGAUUGGUUUUAAAUUUUCCUUUACUCAUUUACAGAUCUUUCACAUUUAAAAAGAAACAGAGCUAUGAAACUAGUACUGAUAUCUAUAAUGGUGCAAUGCAACAAGAAAUGCGACAUCCCAGAAAUAGAGUAAACAAAACAAGCCAACACCAGAACAGAAAAAAAAUAAAAAGAGUCUACACAAAAAUACACAGAUAGUAGCUGCUGCUGAAGAAGAAGAAGAAAAAACUCUGAAUUUCUUCGCUGACACCUGUCGGUUUGUAUCCUAGCUUAAUAUCCAACCUGCAACCGGAUCUAAAUUAAACGAUCAUUCACUUUCACUCUCUUCUUUUUUUGAUACAGAGACUAGCUGCCUGAAAUACCUAAGUAGGUUUUCUCUUUUAGCUUUGUCUCUGCCAUUAAUUAAUUAAUUAACAAAAAUAGAACAACAGAAAAUUCGGGGAAAUUAAACACAAUUUCUAUAAAUAAAUAAAUUCAAUUCAAAACCUAACUACUCUAGAAUCUAUUCAUAAUUACUACCUAUGAUUUUUUGAAAUCUUUUGGUAUAAUUGGUAUAUAUAUUUUUAAUUUUACAGAGAGAGAUGAUGAAGAACAAGGCUGAUAAUAGUUGCAGGAGGAGGCUAGAUUCACGGGUCAUAGUAGCAGCGCCGCUCGUGUUUGUCGCUCGUGCACUGCCUACUACUACUAGUAUUACUGUUACAAUUGUCAUUAUGAUGAUUAUACCAUUUCUCUAGGUCUGCUGCUGUAAUUUUUGCAAAAUUCCACUGUUUUAUAAGGUGAGAAAACACUCAUUAUUCAUCAUGUUCUUCACCCCAUUCCUUCCUCCGCCAUUUUCUCUUGUGUUAAAGUGAGUGAAAUUAAGAAACACCCUUUGGAGUCUUGGUACGGAUGAUUUCGAUUUUCAAUUUUUUUUUUUUUUAGUUGAGGGUUUACAUUUGGUUUAAAAGAGAAGCAAUCACAGGUUGAGGAGAAGGUUAGGCACAAAGGUCGGUCAUUUUUGAUAAUUUUGUUUGGUUCAACUAAUAUUAUUAUUGAUUUGAUUAAUGUUUAAGUUUCCGGGGGUCGUUUUGGGGAGUUGUUGUUUCUUCUGGAUUAUAAAAUUGGGGUUCAUCUCAAGGUCUCUGGGGUUUGGUUCCUCGUACCCAGCCAUUUCUUUGUGUUAAUUUUCUUAUAAUUGUUUUCAUUUUGUGAUCAUCUAAUUGGACCACGUUUAGGCGGGAGUCUCGCUCCGUGAAUUACGAUUUAAUUUUUGAGUCUUUAUAUGGUUACUACAUUGUCUGCUUUAUUUUGACUCUAUACAGAAAGGAAGGUGCAGGGAAUGUGAGUUUUUGAUGUGGAAUUUGGAUCUUGUACAGAAUUGGAAAACAUGCAGAGGUUUGGUAGUCAAGGUGAAGAAUUUUACUUUGAUACACUAGAUUGUGUUCGUGAUUGUAGUAGUGGUAGUGAGUGUGAAUCAUCAGAAGAAUCUGUGAGUCGGGGGAUUAGUGGUGGAUUUGAUUACGGAAUUUGGACCAACGAGCCUGGAAGUGUCAGGGAGCGUCGCAACAAUUUUCUUCAGGGUAUGGGAUUUGGUGAAUUGGUUGAUUCGGAAUUGGGUUUCUCGAAGAACAUCGACAAGGAGAUGAACAGAAACAAUCUUGGGUGGGAAAGAAUAUCAGAAUGCAGUGGUGCUGUUUCAAGUUCUGCAGGUUUGAAUCGAGAGGAAUACAUUGUUUGUUGUAGAAACGAUCCAGAGAGCCGAACCAAGGUUGUUGGUACCCAAUCAGCGCAGAAAAGAUUCAACAAAAGCUCAAACUCCAAGGUUCUUGCUACAGAAUUGGUUCAAAAUAGAUUCGAAAGAAUGUCAACACCAGGAUCAAAUGAAUUGGAAACAUCAGCUUGCGGAGAAAAAUGUAAAAUCAAGUCUUGGUGGAAACGUAUGAUGCGCAAGAAUAAAGGAAGAGGACGCGUUGCGGAGUCUAAUGUCAGUGAUAAGAACCAUGAUGGACCGGAUAAAAAUAGGAUGAAGGUGCAGAAUAACAAAAAGUCGUGUGUGGAGUUCACAGCAGUUUAUAUGGAUCAGGAAGUUGAAGCUCACAAGGGAUUUGUCUGGACCAUGAAAUUUAGUCCCGAUGGUCAGUUUUUGGCCAGUGGUGGUGAAGAUGGGGUUGUUCGAAUUUGGCGUGUUACCUCAACAAUAGCUCUAGAAGGUGGUGCAAAAUUUGUUGAUAAAGUUGAAGACACAAAGCAUUAUCUUGGAAGAAAAAAUUCAAAUCCUGCUUCUGUUAUCAUUCCUAAGAAAGUAUUCAAAAUUGAAGAGUCACCAGUACAAGAAUUUCAUGGCCAUACAAGUGAUGUCUUGGAUAUUUGUUGGUCUAAAUCUAAUAGUCUACUUUCAUCAUCCAAGGACAAUACUGUUCGGUUGUGGCAAGUGGGUUCUGAUGAAUGUCGUCAAAUUUUCCCUCACAAUAAUUAUGUGACAUGUGUUCAGUUCAAUCCUGUAAAUGAUGCAUACUUUAUUAGUGGAUCCAUUGACGGGAAAGUUCGAAUUUGGGGAGUUUCAGAAAAACGAGUUGUAGAUUGGGCAGAUGUACGAGACAUAGUAACUGCCAUAUGCUACCAGCCAAACGGAAAGCAGGGUUUCAUUGUUGGUUCCAUUAAAGGUCGCUGCCGUUUCUAUGAUUCGUCAGGUAGUAAUCUCCAGAUGAAUGCACAAAUACGUAUACAUUGCAGAAAAAAGUCCUCCAACAACAGAAUCACCAGCUUUCAGUUUUCGCCUGAGGAUUCCCACAAAAUCAUGAUAACAUCAGCAGAUUCCAAAGUUCGAAUUUUUGAUGGCUCAUCUGUCAUUCAAAAAUACAAAGGUCUGCGUAGGUCAGGAAGUCAGUUAUCUGCCUCAUACACUUCAAAUGGGAGACAUAUAGUGUCUGUAGGAGAGGACUCUCAUGUCUAUGUAUGGAGCUGCGAUGAUGUAUCUGAUGAUCCCUCAUCAAAGCACACAAAGUCUACUAGCUCGUGUGAGCAUUUUUAUUAUGAAGGUGUUUCUGUUGCCAUACCAUGGUCUGGUCCAGAGUUGGAUAAUUUGGAUCCAAUGGAUCUAAGUAUAGAUAGUUCUGUAUGCUCUUCGCAGUCAGAUGAUUCCUUUUCCUGCUCGAGAGAUUCGGAUCGUUUCGCUUUUGGUGGUUGGUUCUCCGUUGAUAAUCGAGGUUCUGUGACUUGGCCUGAGGAGAAACUACUGCCUCGGGCCCUAUCAGGUGGAGAGCAGAGUUACAGGCAGCACGAGCCGAAUCAGAUCCAUAAUCAUCAAGCUCCUUCGGAAUCAUGGGGUUUGGUUAUUGUGACAGCGGGUUGUGAUGGAAAGAUCAGAACCUUCCAUAACUAUGGGUUGCCCGUCAGGCUAGAAAAGAGCAGCUGCAGUCGCAGAAUUUGAUGAAGAAAGACGCUUAUGCGAUUAGUACGCCGCAUCGCAGUUUCAACUAUAUGCACAUAGGUAGUCGUCUAUGCCAUUAACACGGCGGCUAUUGAAAAGAGUAGCCGCAGAAAUAGUAGUUGAUCAAGGACGAUAUUGAUAGAUUGUUGGCCACCUUUUAUCCAGAAUAAAAGAGAUCUGCCUGAAAAUUUUGUACUUAGAAUCUAUUAAUCGUUCAAAAGCAUACGAUGAUGUUUAGCACAUUUCUGUAAAAAGCAUAUGAUGUUUAGCACGUCUGUAAAAAUCAAUUAUCUUUGUCCGGGUCAUUCUGA